UAUAAUUUGUCAUAGUUUUAAUAGUAUGCACCUUUGUGAAUGAUGAAAAUGAUAGAAAGUAUUUUUUUAUUUUAGUGUAAUAUUUUAAAAUCAAAUGUAAGCCUAAAACUUUGAAAUUCAGAGUUCAGCUUUUAAAUUCGGCAAAAUCUAUUUUGUUGAAAGAGUAGUAAAAACUCAAAUCCUACUUUUCCUAGGAUGAUAAUAAAAGAAAAAUCUAAAUAAUCAAAGUCAUUCUCAGAAUUCUUAAAAUAGAACUUUUUAAAAUAUUUCCAUUUAUGUUCCGUUGUUAAGAGAAGGAGACAAUCGAGAGGAAAGUUAAAAGAGAAAAGGAGGGGGGGAAAAAAAUAGGAAAACGGUAAAUAGAAAUGAUAAGCAAAAGGAGAAUAGAGAAGGAAAAAAUUCUUUUUUGUUGUCCUGUCCUCUGAAGCUCUCUCCAGUCUCGGUUGGACGUUCCGUAGAUGAGGAACAUCGGGUAAAAGAAGUCGUGCUAAAUCUUAUAAAACUUACAAAGAAACAUCAGAAGAAAUAACAACGAUAUUUCCGAUCUCAAUAAAUAAUCUUUGCGUUUCACAUCUCAUAAGCUGAUUCCGUGCAUAAAUGUGUUUCGAAAGUCCGUGACAGAAUUAUGAGUGAGUGACACAAGAUGAAUAGAUUGAUGAGCUUGAUUUCGUUGAAUAACCAGCGAAGGUUAGGUUAGGGUUCGAGAAGUACUGAGGAUUGGACUGCGUUCAGAAAUAACACCCGAGUGCACCCAGAGGCCCUAUUCUUUAAAUAUAUCGCAUACAAAAAUCCUACGGUGUAUGUAACAUAUACCAUAGAAUUUUCACAUGAUGUUUCAAGAAUAAGAGCUUAUCUAGACAAACUUGCAUAGCAGCAUAACCACAUAUGCGAAAGGAAAAUCACCCAAUCGCAUUUCUAUCAUAAAGACACAUGUAAAAUUCGAUUGGACAAUUUUCCUUGUGCAUAUGGUUACGCUGCUAUGCAAGUUUGUCUGGAUAGAUCUUAAGGAUCCUGGUAUCAUUUAAUUCUUGUUUAAUAUUCGACGAAAAACACAGAUAAUACAUCCGGUAUUUCUGAACUCGAUUCGGCACACGUCAUUGGGGCGGUCAUUUCUCUCAAAAUUUCUCUGUUCGAUGUGGAAAGCCUGUGCGUAGAUAAAUACAGUGAGAUUGUUUAAACAUCUCGAAGCAGUGGAAAAGUAACGAAGUGAAAUAGAAAAUAGUCUGUGAAUGACUUUCCAUCGAAGAAUCAACGUGGUAGAUUAAGACGGCAACGAGAUGGCUCUUCUCUCCUGGCCUGGAUACAAUCGGGACGAUAUAACCUAUAAAUGUAGAUAGAUAUGAAUGUGUGUGUGUGCGUAAUACGACUUGGAUGUGUGGAUCUCACGACGUAAAUAAGCACGGUACCACGAAACAUAUAACCAAGGAUGGACGAUGACUCGCAUUCCGGUUGGUCCACCCGGCAACGUGAUGCCAACGAUGACACGCGGUUCGCAACGCAACGGGAAGUACCCGUCCCUGAACACAAAUCUCGCAGUCGAGUUAAUCCCCCUUUCCCCCUUGCCGCCUCGGACCCUUGCUAUCCUCCGGUCACGAAGAGCUGUGGGCAGAGGGUGACGGUCGUUGCCGAUGGCGAUGGCAGUCGAUCAUCGGCUCGGAGUAGGAGAUGGUCGAAGAAGUGCGGCCACACAGAGGGGGCGGCAAGGCGGGCAAACCAUCGGUCGACGAAGAAGAAAAAGAAGAAGAAGAAGAAGAAGAAGGAGGAGGCGGAGAAGAAAAACCGGUUCGACAGGUUCGGGCUCCUAUUUACCUGACCAUGUAGCGCCUGCCUGCCUGCCUACCUACGAGUCGGAUCGUUAUGUAUUAUGCAGUCCCCCUGUAUGUGUAACGCAUAACUACAGCGUGUAUCGUAGCGCGGCGAGGGGGGCACGAGGGGGCAGAGGGACCGAGAAA